AUGUGUUGACUAAUAAUUUGUUUGUUUAUUUAUUUUUACUAUAAAGCUUUAGAACAUUUUUGGGUUUGUUGUUUAAGUGGUUGAAACGUGUGGAGGCAGCAUUAACCUGUAGGGAGCAGCAAAGUGCCUUGUGGUGGUUCGCACUAACAACAAGAGAAGAAGAAGAUCCGGAAGCGACACACGGCUAACCAGUUUAUCUGGCGCCGGCUAGGAAACACUUAAGUCAGUAUUACAUGAAAAAAAAAUUCAUUAAAAGAAAAGUGAGGGGCUGAAAAUAAAUCGAAAAACUCACAUAACGUAUCGGAUGCUGAAGGCAGCCCGUCACCAUGUAUGCUGUGUACAGACAAGCUCACACCCCCACUGCUGUGGAGUUCUCUGUCUAUUGUAACUUCAUCUCCAGUAAAGAGAAAAACUUAGUCGUAGCUGGGACUUCUCAGCUUUACGUCUACAGGAUCAUCCAUGAUGUGGAGAGUACGACAAAGACUGACAAACCAUCUGAUGCCAAGACUCGUAAAGAAAAACUGGAGCAGGUUGCAUCCUUUUCUCUGUUCGGCAACGUGAUGUCGAUGGCCAGUGUGCAGCUCAUAGGUACCAGCAAAGAUGCACUCCUGCUGAGUUUUAAAGAUGCAAAGUUAUCCGUAGUAGAGUAUGACCCCGGAACGCACGACCUCAAGACCCUGUCUCUGCAUUACUUUGAGGAGCCAGAGCUCAGAGAUGGCUUUGUGCAGAACGUGCAUAUUCCAAUUGUCCGCGUAGAUCCGGAGAACCGCUGCGCUGUGAUGCUGGUCUACGGCACAAAGCUUGUGGUGCUGCCGUUCAGAAAGGACACAUUGACCGACGAGCAGGAGGGCGGCAUGGGCGAAGGACCCAAGUCCAGCUUCCUACCCAGUUACAUCAUCGAUGUUCGGGAGUUAGACGAGAAGCUGCUGAACAUCAUCGACAUGAAGUUUCUCCACGGUUACUACGAGCCCACGCUGCUCAUUUUGUUCGAGCCCAACCAGACCUGGCCUGGCCGCGUCGCCGUUCGCCAGGACACCUGCAGCAUUGUCGCCAUCUCCCUCAACAUCAUGCAGAAGGUCCACCCUGUGAUCUGGUCUCUCAGUAAUCUGCCCUUCGACUGCACACAGGUCAUGGCUGUCCCCAAACCAAUCGGUGGCGUGGUGGUUUUUGCUGUAAAUUCCCUGCUGUAUCUGAACCAGAGUGUCCCGCCGUACGGAGUGUCUCUGAACUCAAUGACAACUGGGACCACGUCAUUUCCUCUGCGUGUGCAAGAGGAGGUGAAGAUUACUCUGGACUGCUGUCAGUCUGACUUUAUUGCUUAUGACAAGAUGGUCAUCUCCCUGAAAGGGGGAGAAAUCUAUGUGUUGACCCUCAUCACAGACGGCAUGAGGAGCGUGCGAUCUUUUCACUUUGACAAGGCUGCAGCCAGUGUCCUCACGACCUGCAUGGUGACCAUGGAGCCCGGCUUUUUGUUUCUUGGUUCUCGCCUGGGAAAUUCUCUGCUCCUGAAGUAUACGGAGAAGCUGCAGGAGGCGCCGAUGGAGGAUGGCAAAGACAAGCAGGAACAUGAGAAGGAAGUGGAGAAGCAGGAGGAACCGCCCACCAAGAAGAAACGCGUGGAGUCGUCCACCAACUGGACCGAUGAGGUGGAUGAGAUUGAAGUGUAUGGAAGCGAGGCCCAGUCAGGCACUCAGCUGGCCACCUACUCAUUUGAGGUGUGCGACAGCAUUCUCAACAUUGGACCGUGUGCAAAUGCCUCCAUGGGUGAGCCUGCUUUCCUGUCUGAGGAGUUUCAGAACAGUCCCGAACCCGACCUCGAAGUCGUGGUCUGCUCGGGUUUUGGUAAAAACGGUGCCCUGUCUGUCCUCCAGAGAAGCAUUCGGCCCCAAGUUGUCACUACGUUUGAGUUGCCAGGUUGCCACGACAUGUGGACCGUCGUCUCGAGUGAAGUCAAGGAAGAUAAAAAAGUUUCAAAGAACGGAGAGUCGGAGGACGGAGCGAAGACCGACACUGAGGAGGAGGAGGGGGAGAAGGGCGAGAAGGGCGAGAGCGAACCAGAAAAAGAUGAAGGGAAGACGGAACCUUCCAUGGAAGAUGAUGCAAAAAAGCACGGCUUUCUCAUUCUGAGCAGAGAAGACUCCACCAUGAUCCUUCAAACGGGUCAGGAGAUCAUGGAGCUGGACAAUAGUGGCUUUGCCACUCAGGGGCCCACUGUGUUUGCUGGUAACAUUGGUGAUAACCAGUACAUCAUCCAAGUCUCCCCCAUGGGACUUCGACUCUUGGAAGGAGUGAGACAAAUCCAUUUCAUCCCGGUGGAUAUGGGCUCUCCCAUUGUGCAUUGCUCUGUGGCGGACCCUUAUGUCGUUAUCAUGACUGCGGAGGGAGCGGUCGCUAUGUUUGUCCUGGGGAAAACGCACCGACUGGCUCCACAGAAACCACAGAUUGCCACGCAACCUCGUGUGAUCACAAUGUGUGCGUACCGAGAUGUCAGCGGGAUGUUCACCACAGAAAACAAAGAAAGUCUUUCCAUCAAAGAGGACACUAUCGACAUGGGGCAGUCAGAGGCAGAGACGGUCUACCAGGACCUUAGCAACGCCGUGGAUGAUGAGGAGGAAAUGUUAUACGGAGACUCCAGCGCCAGCACUACAUCUGAACGGGAGGAAGUCAGCCGCAGUUCUUCGGCACCAGCUGCUCCCGUUGGAGAGGCGACCACCGGCAAUGCAGAACCCUCCCACUGGUGUGUGAUCAUCAGGGAGAACGGGGUGAUGGAGAUUUACCAGCUGCCCGAGUGGCGAUUAGUCUUCCUGGUGAAGAACUUUCCAGUUGGCCAAAGAGUUCUGGUGGACAGUAGCUCCGGCCAGUCCGCAACACAAGGAGAUGGCAAAAAAGAAGAAGUCGCACGGCAAGGAGAUCUCCCGUUAGUCAGAGAGGUAGCCCUGGUGUCACUGGGCAACAACCGCAGCAGACCUUAUUUACUGGUCUACGUGGAAAGCGAGCUUCUGAUCUACGAAGCGUUCCCGUACGAUCAGCAGCAGCCGCAGAGCAACCUGAAAGUCCGCUUCAAAAAAGUUCACCACAACAUUAACUUCAGAGAAAAGAAAUCAAAGCUUAGGAAAGAGAAGAAGGCUGAAAGCAGCAGCUCUGAGGAGACGCCUGCAGUCAAAAACAGGAUUUCCAGGUUCAGAUACUUUGAGGACAUCUCUGGUUACUCAGGGGUGUUCAUCUGCGGCCCGUCUCCUCACUGGAUGCUGGUCACCCCCCGAGGAGCGCUGAGGCUUCAUCCCAUGACCAUCGAUGGGGCCAUCGAGUCAUUCUCCCCAUUUCACAACAUCAACUGUCCUAAAGGUUUCCUCUACUUCAACAAGCAGGGCGAGCUGCGAAUCAGCGUCCUCCCCACCUACCUGUCCUACGAUGCCCCCUGGCCUGUCAGAAAGAUCCCACUCAGGUGCACCGUGCACUACGUUUCCUACCACGUCGAAUCAAAGGUGUAUGCCGUGUGCACGAGUGUGAAAGAGUUGUGCACUCGCAUCCCCAGAAUGACUGGAGAGGAGAAAGAGUUUGAAACCAUAGAGAGAGAUGAGCGAUACAUUAACCCCCAACAGGAAAAGUUCUCCAUCCAGCUCAUCUCUCCAGUGAGCUGGGAGACCAUUCCCAACACACGGAUUGACUUGGAGGAGUGGGAACACGUGACCUGCAUGAAGACCGUGGCAUUGAGGAGUCAAGAGACGGUGUCUGGCCUGAAGGGCUACAUCGCAGCAGGAACCUGCGUGAUGCAGGGGGAGGAGGUGACCUGCAGGGGCAGGAUUUUGAUCCUGGAUGUGAUUGAAGUAGUCCCAGAGCCAGGCCAGCCGCUCACCAAGAACAAGUUUAAAGUUCUGUAUGAGAAGGAGCAGAAGGGGCCGGUGACGGCUCUGUGUCACUGUCACGGUUACCUUGUGUCGGCCAUCGGACAAAAGAUCUUCCUGUGGGUCCUGAAGGACAAUGACCUCACGGGCAUGGCCUUCAUAGACACGCAGCUCUACAUCCACCAGAUGAUCAGCAUCAAGAACUUCAUCCUGGCCGCUGACCUCAUGAAGAGCAUCUGCUUGCUGCGCUACCAGGAGGAGAGCAAGACGCUGUCGCUCGUCAGCAGGGAUGCGAAGCCCUUAGAGGUGUACAGCAUCGAGUUCAUGGUGGACAACAACCAGCUUGGGUUUCUGGUGUCGGACCGAGACAAGAACUUGUUUGUGUACAUGUAUCUACCUGAAGCUAAGGAGAGCUUUGGAGGAAUGCGCCUGCUGAGGCGAGCAGACAUCAACGCCGGUGCUCAGAUUAACGCUUUGUGGCGGAUGCCGUGCAGGGGAACGCAGGAGUCCGGCAGCAAGAAGGCUCUGACCUGGGACAACAAACACAUCACCUGGUUCGCAACCCUGGAUGGAGGCGUGGGCCUCCUCCUCCCCAUGCCGGAGAAGACUUAUCGCCGGCUGCUGAUGCUGCAGAAUGCUCUCACCACCCUGCUGCCUCAUCACGCCGGACUCAACCCCAAAGCUUUCCGGAUGAUGCACUGUGACCGACGAAGUCUUCAAAACGCUGUGAGAAACAUCCUGGAUGGAGAGCUCCUCAACAAGUAUUUAUACCUCAGCACCAUGGAGCGCAGCGAGCUGGCCAAGAAGAUCGGGACCACGCAGGACAUAAUCCUGGACGACCUUCUGGAGAUCGACAGAGUAACGGCUCACUUCUGAGCGCCACAUUCCCAUUUCCUACUACUCAAGUCGUCUACGAGGAAACCUUUUUGUUACGGCCCUAUCUCAUCGUAGCUCGGUUGUUUUACAGGUUAACUUGUCAAAGUGGUCCAUGUUUGUUUGUUUUUUGUAGGAUUUGUUUAUAUAUAAAAAACAGAUACUUCUGA